GACAACAUUACACAUCGCUGAAGAAGAUUUCCAACAGGGAAGCUUCCGGUGCAAACAAUUCACACAUUUCUCUUGUGGUUUAUUAUUGGAUGAGACUCUGGGAAAGAAAAGUUAAGCCUACAAUAACCAGCCAUGGCAUCACUAGGAAGCAGCAGUUCUUCUGGCACAGAGUACAUAGUGCGAGUGCCCAAAAAUACCACUAAAAAGUACAACAUUAUGGCGUUCAAUGCAGGAGACAAAGUGGCUUGUUCAACAUGGACACAGGCUCGUAUGGAACGCGACAUGAGUGCACGGCGUAUUUAUGGAGAAGAGGAGACGGCUGAGGGAGCAGCGGGCAGUGAGUUUGGGAAAAAACAGAGGGAGGAAGCACGGAGGAAGAAAUUUGGAAUUGUCACCAAAGAGUUUAAAGUAGAGGACCAGCCUUGGAUCCUCAAAGUCAAUGGGAAAGCGGGUAAGAGGUUCAAGGGAAUAAAGAAGGGUGGUGUUACAGAGAACGCGUCGUACUACAUCUUCACACAGUGCCCUGAUGGUGCGUUCGAGGCCUUCCCGGUGCACGGCUGGUACAACUUCAUGCCUGUGGCCAAGCACCGAACACUCACAGCGGAGGAGGCCGAGGAAGAGUGGGGCAGGCGAAACAAAGUAGUGAACCAUUUCAGCAUCAUGCUCCAGCGCCGUCUGAGGGAGCAAGAGCGCGGAGAGGACGAUGAAGACGAGGGAGAGAAAGGGGGCAAAAAGAAGAAAAAGGGCGGAGGGCGAGGGGGGGACCUGCGCAUACACGACCUGGAGGAUGACCUGGAGAUGAGCAGUGACGACAGCCACAGCAGUGGAGGAGAGGAUGGUGAGAGCAAACCUAAGGCUAAAAAAGAUGCUGGAAAGGGCAAAGGGAAGAAGAAGAAGAAAAAGGGCAGUGAGCACGAGGCUCUGGAGGACAGUGAUGAUGGAGACUAUGAAGGACUGGAGGUGGACUACAUGUCCGACGAUAGCAGUUCAGAAGAGGAGCCAGAGAAGGGGAAACCAGCCAAAGCAGACGAACACCCCAAAGGGAUUGAUGAAUUGUCUGAGAGUGAAGAAGAGAGUGAAGAAGAGAAACAGAACGAAGAGGAAACCAAAGAGGAGGAGGAAGAGGACGAUGGGAAGAAGACCCCUGUCCAGCCAGAGAAGAAGAAGAAAAAAGCAGACAGCAGUGGUGAGUCUGAAAGCUCAGAUGACAGCGACAUAGAAGGAGAGACGGCAUCAGCUUUGUUCAUGAAAAAGCGCACUCCCCCAAAGCGUGGAGGGGGGCGUGGCUCGGCUGGCAGCUCCAGGACAGGAAGUCGUCCUGGGACUCCCUCCAUCGACUCUGGCUCCACCUCCAGCACUCUGCGGGCUGCAGCCAGCAAGCUCGAGCAAGGAAAGAGACAGAGCGGCUCGGCCACAGACACUCCUGCUGCUAAGAGGCUCAAAAUGGAGCCCAACAGUCAGAGCCCUGCCCCAUCUGGGAAGAGCACGCCUCAGCCUGCAUCUGGCAAAUCUACCCCGAGCUCAAGUGAUGUCCAGCUGACAGAAGAGGCCGUGAGGAGGUACCUGAUUCGGAAGCCCAUGACGACCAAAGACCUGCUCAAGAAGUUCCAGACCAAACGCACCGGUCUGAGCAAUGAGCAGACGGUCAAUGUGUUAGCUCAGAUACUCAAGAGGCUCAACCCAGAACGCAAAAAUGUCAAUGACAAGAUGCAUUUUUAUCUCACUGAGUAACUACAGACUGAAGCAAAGACUGAAGAUCAAUCAUAAGUUGUACAUUUUAGUUGGACUAUUGCACAAGUAUUAAUAAUUAGCUAAACUUUUCUAAUAAAAUAAUGAACACAUUG